CAGCCCUCAGGUCUAGUACGACCGGUGUACAAACCGGGCACGAAAGCCCUCGAAAUCCUCGACCGGACGCAUAUCACACCAUAUCGUGCCGAUGGUGGCUUGCGAUGAAUGUGCUGGUUAUAUCGGCGUACCUAAAUUUGAAGAGUACUAUCACGGCUACAUCGAUCGGAAUGAGGCGGAGCGCCGGUUGAAAGCAAGGGGCAUUCCAAACAGCUAUCUGUUGAGGCUAAGUCGAACUCCGGCUGUGAAUGACAAGUGGGAGACCAUCUAUGUGCUCUCAUAUUUAUCAUCGGCUUUAUUGUGUUAUCACUUCAAGUUGGUUCCCCGGUUGAACUGCUUUCAGUUGGGUGGUCGAUUGUUUGAUUGCCUCCAGGGCUGCUUGUCUCGCUACUAUAUCCAUGACAUCAUGACAGGAGAAAGGCUGCGACAUCCCGUACCUCCCUGUUCUCCACCUUUGGAAUUUUACACGCAACGACUACGAGCUGUGCAAACGUUUGAGCCAAACAAUGCUACCGAGCAACUGGGAUGUUCCGUUGGAGAUCGUUUUCUCCUUGUUUCGGAUGAUACGAAAAGCGAUUGGGUUUUCGUCACUUCUUUGAAGACGCGACAUUCAGGCUAUCUUCCCAGAUGCUGCAUUGAGAAAGAAUAUCCAGAUUUAAUCGAGCGUUUGGAAUUUUUUCACCCGGAUGCGUCAAUAACGUCAACCAAAGAACUCUUGAAAAGAGCGGGUGCCUGCAGCUACCUUUUACGUCCGAGCGAUUCUCGUCCAGGCUUGUAUACUCUGCUGUUGUAUGACGGCACACGAGUUCGCAAAUAUCGCCUCGAAUUGGUUGUCCAGUCGGAAGAGAUUUCAUGCUUAAACACACCUGUAGGCAACCAGGGAAAUGACACACAUCUGGCCGGUUAUCAGCGUCGUUGCAGUGUGCCGAUCGCUGUAUCCACUACUGAUUCGGGCAUAAAAGGAUCGGACGAAAACCUGAGCACUACCAAUCCUUGUCAUACAUCUGAGGACGCAUUGACAGUUUGUCAAACUGUUGCCGACGGAAUUGCUGAUUAUGACCACUCCCAGCAAGACACUGUCUUCCCCAUGUAUUCCACUACGACUAAGGUGAUGUACAACGGUGUGUCCUUUCCGAGCGUUGAGGCGGUCGUAGCUGCUAUUGAAGCGUAUCCUGGCUGGUGGCACCCUGAACCGACUCCUUCCCUCAGUCGGCCCAGUGAGGAUGGUUCUGGUAAUAGAUUGAUUGAGUCAACGGGGACAGAUGGAUCUGAUUUAUGUCCUUACUUGAGCGGCACAUCCCAAUCCGGUGAGCCAGGAGUUCCAGGUCCCCCGAAUACUUCGGUUUCCUGUCAGCCGCAUUUAUUUAAGCCCGUUCGCAGGGAGUUGAAACCCCAGCUCAACACUGCUUCUCCCCCGAUCUACAUGCUGUUGCGGUACGCUCAACAAUUACCCACUCAAACUGGCGUUUUGGAAAUUCACGGUGAAAUGUCCAUGUUGGUCGCCCAGCGAAAAAAGUGGAAGUCCCAUUACGCUCAGCUGGAUCGCCGGCAAGGCAUAUUGACACUGCGUGAUGGUGAAAAGCGUAAAACCGAACGCUUCGAUUUGUCAAAAUGUGUUUACUAUCCGGUGCAUUCUCUGAUGUACGACCGAGCCUACUGCUUCGGGCUGAUCCUCUAUGGGGCUUCGUUGGGCGAUAAAGAGGACAUCGUUUUCUCUGUAGAUGCCCCACUGUUGCAGUUGUGCCCCAGUUGUUUCAGUUCGUCAGUUCCAAGCGUUGCAAACAACAGCGUUUCCUCUCGUUCUGCCCCCGCUUUCGGCCUAACUGAACUUGACCCUUCUACUUACGCAGGACGACCUGAAGAAGUUCUUUCCUCCGUCUUGCUGCCUACCUUUUUAGAGUCUGGUCGCACCCACUCUGUUGGUGAUCUAUCCGUACAGUUCGCUAGUAACGCUGGUUCGAACGAUCCCUCCUCUCCUACAUGCUCCUGUUCUCACGUUAGAGCAGUCAGUCAGGAGGUUGUAUAUGACAGAUGGCUGCGUUGUAUACGACUUCAUUGUCGCAACACACGCGUUGACGCUUGCAACGAGGAGGACUGUGAUCGUCGACAAACGGUUUUACGCUGCCAUCGAACUUUGGAAGUGAAGAUGAACAACGCGAAGCUUUUACCUGCAAGCACGUGCAAGUCUCGACGGGAUGAAUCUAUCUAUGUAAUCUCGUUAGAUGGUAUCGAAGUCGCCCGUGCUUACCCCGGGUCCUCAACUGUGCAUAUCCUACUGGACGAUUUCCCGUUUGGAUUCAAAAAGGUCGAAGUGUGGGCUAGAGAGGAGAACAAGCGCAAGCGUUCCGUUGCAAUGGACUUGGAGCUCAGUCAGUUCAAUUCUGCCCUCUCUGAUUCGGAAGACUCCUGUCAGCCCAUCGUUAACCAUGAUUCCUCAGUUGGAGAUGCCGACACUGGAUCACAUCCAUCCAGCUCCUCCAUUUGCACAGUUCGUGAAGGCAUUUACAAUCUUGGUGCUAUCACCUACAAAGAGCUUCAUGUCCUCCCGUUUACUCAUUAUGAACGUUUCCGGGAAAUCAUGCGUACCUGUUUGGACUCCGAACUCGUACCCUUAUGCAUUUUCGUAUGGCAAAAUUUACCCAACGAGUCUUCGAGUAGAACCAGCUUUUUGUCCAGUUUACUGCUUACCACCAUUGAACUCAAAUGUCAUCUCCAGCUUGUCCUCAGUCUCCUCAGAGCCGAUAUCAUGCCGCAAAAUCCAACCGAUGCGUUUCGUGGUAAUACGUUGGGCACACAAAUUCUGGAUCAGUACAGCAACAUCGUUUGUACUGAGUGGCGUAACCAGUGUUUCAAACGCGUACGUGAAGAAGCCUCAAACAGUGCUCCAUCAUCUAUCAGCUCCGCCGGCUCCCAUCUGGUGAAAUCUUUAUCGGGACUCUCCAUUGAUCACCUUCCUGCAGGGCCGAAUGUCCAAAAGACGUCAGGCCUCUCUUGCCGUCCUACUCCCGGUCUGGCGCACUCCUCCUCCAACAAUGUCGUUGGAGCCGAUGACACCCCAGGCAUCGCAGACCAAACAAACCAAAUUGGCUCUCCUUCCUUUGGCAUGUCGGGGAUUACAUCACAAGUGCAGCAGCAGCAGCAACCACAUUCGUCACCUCAGACUGCUGAGCAGGAGUGGCAUUCACAUCUUGUAUCCAUUGCUGUAGACGAUCUAGUCAACCAUGUCGAUCAUUUUCCGCUCCAAAUCCGCUGGGUGUAUUCCGAACUACAGGCUCAAUUAGGGGAUCAAAUGAGCAAUUCCGUCAUCCGCAAUUUGGUUUUCCUUCGCGGCAUCUGCCCCUGUCUGUUACCCACGUCAAGUAGCGGACGUUGUUCCAUUUCCAACUCUUUCUCUACCGGUGUUGCUGGCAGCAGCGGCGGCGCUGUGAAUUCUCAAAUGUAUCCAGGUCUCAAUUCUUACAUCAGCUUUAGCCUCCCUGAAUGUAGCGCUACUGGACUGCUCUCCUCAACAACGUCCACAGCGGGAUCAUCACAAGUGGCGAACGAGGCCCUUGUGAUGGUAGCUAAAACGCUCGUUUCAUUAGUCAGUCCCCAUGUUACUACCAAGGGAGUUCUUUCACCGGAUCAGUUUUUGGCGUAUCAUCAUCGACUUUUCCGUCACUUCCGGAUUCCGAUAACCGCUCCAUUAUCGGCGGAAGAAAUUAAGCAACUCGAACAGCUAUGCGAACGAGAAGCCUGUGUCGCCAGUCGCCGCUCUUUAAGUCGUGAAUUGGCUCUGUUAGCCAAUUAUUUUCUCGAGGCCUUGGGCCCUCGAAUUUCUCCAGAAACUUGCGAGGCCACUUCACAGUUGAACGCAGGUCAGUCAAAUUUGGCUGGUCGGGAACACCGACUUUCUGGAGACUGUACCGUUCCUCCACGCGUCCCCAAUCUUCUUAACGCCCUGUACGACUUGGAACACCGUACUCGUCACUUCUUGAAGCACCCCUCCAAAACUGAGUCAGCGCAUCUCGUUCGAAGCUAAAUCUUGCCCCUUGAGUUAUUCAUUGGGUGCUACUUGCCGCCUUCUCCCUCGUAUUGUCGCCCCAUGUCCUUUUCACCUUCGGGAAGUUUCAUGAUCAGAUAUUUGCUUACUUAACGCAAUGCUUCGCUUAUUGUCGCGCAGAUGUUUACACUUUGGCCUCUUGGUUUCUUCUACCGGUCUGCACCCCAGACAAUUACCAUUCACAGUUACCCAUUCCUGAGGAUAUUGAAUCAAUGUAUUGUCCCUAUUUAUACGGUUCCGUCCCACGCCCACCAACCACACUGUCACCUUAAGGCGGCCUGCCGAGGCCUAUUCCUCAAAUCCUCAGAGUCCUUGACCACGACGCUGCACAUGGCUUUUCGUCAUGAGCUCAUGUACAGUCUUUGUAAUGAGUAUGUUGCUCUCUCCGAUGAUCACCACAGGUGUAUUUUUUGUGCAUUUAGCAUAGACAUAAAGUGUAACUACUUGACUGUAUGAAUCAUCCAUUUCUUGCUGCUAGGAUUGUCAGAAUAUCCUCUCUCUUUUUCACUUGUGAUUUCCGGUUUCACAACAUUCGUCGCCCAUGG